CCGGAAGUAAGGCUGCUUCACUGACAGAGCAACCGUUACCAAGGGCCUGGAUCCAAUUAUGAGUGAUCAAAUAAAGUCAAUUGUUGAGAAGCUCAAUAAGGAGCCUUUUAAGAAGAACUAUAAUUUAAUUACAUUUGACUCACUGGAGUCAAUGCAGCUAUUGCAGCUUCUCAAUGAUGUUCUGGGGGAGAUUGACCCAAAGCAUGUUGUUGACAUUAGAGAGGAGAUGCCAGAGCAAACAGCUAAACGAAUGUUGAGCCUUCUUGGUAUCCUUAAAUACAAACCCCCAGCAAGUAUUACUGACCUGAGUACGUUCCGCCAGGGUUUAGUUACUGGUAGCAAACCUGUGAUUCAUCCUGUCUUACACUGGCUCCUGCAACGGACUAAUGAACUCAAGAAACGAGCUUAUCUGGCACGUUUCUUAAUUAAACUUGAUGUGCCAGCUGAAUUUCUUCAGGAUGAUACUGUGGCUGACACCAACAAACAGUAUGAAGAUCUGAUGGAAGCCUUUAAAAACCUGCAUAAGGAAUGUGAGCAGCUCAAGACUUCUGGCUUCUCCACUGCAGAAAUAAGACGGGAUAUCACUGCAAUGGAAGAGGAGAAGGAUCAGCUCAUCAAGAGAGUGGAGCGUCUUAAGAAGAGGGUGGAGACGGUGCAAAACCACCAACGAAUGCUUGAAAUAGCAAGACAGCUUCGAGUAGAGAAAGAGAGAGAAGAAUCUUUAGCCCAGCAGAAACAAGAACAAAAGAAUCAGUUGUUCCAUGCAGACCAGAGGCUGCAAAGAGUACAGCUCCAGCUGAAAGAUAUGCAACAUGCUGUUGUGGAUUCAAAGCCUGAAAGCUUAAUGAAGAGACUGGAAGAGGAGAUAAAGUUCAAUUCAUAUCUGUGCACUGAAAAAUUUCCUAGAGAACUAGAAAGUAAGAAGCAAUCAUUGUAUUUCCUUCAAAAAGUGGUUUCAGAGCCAGCUAUGGGUCAGUCUGAUCUCAAUGAACUUGAAACGAAGAUAAAUGAAGUCAAUGCUCAAAUUAAUCAACUGAUUGAAAAGAGAAUGAUGAAAUAUGAGCCUGUUGAUAGUAAAUUUUCCAUGUAUCGACAACAGGCAUCCAUCAUUUCUCGGAAGAAAGAAGCCAAAGCAGAAGAGCUUCAGACUGCUAAGGAGGAGAUGUCAAACAUGGAGAAGCAAAUGCUACAGAAAGCAAACCAGACCCGUGAGUUGGAUGGCACAGAAGUUUUGAAAGGGGAUGAGUUUAAACGCUAUGUUAAUAAGCUUCGAAGCAAGAACACGUUUUACAAAAAGAAGCGUUUAGAAAUAGCAGAAAUUACAGCUGAGUACGGUAUCCUGCAGAGAACAGAAGAACUCCUAAAACAACGUCAUGAGGCUAUUCAGCAACAGUUGCAAGCUAUUGAGGACAAGAAAGGUAUCUCUGGAUACAGUUACACACAGGAGGAGUUGGAGAGAGUAUCUGCGGCAAAGAGUGAGAUGGAUGAAAUGAAGGGACGAACGUUAGAUAACAUGUCUGAAAUGGUAAAAAAACUGAAUGCUUUGGUGGCAGAUAAGAAGUCAAGCCUAGCUCCAGUUAUCAAAGAAUUGAGACAGUUGCGGCAAAACUGCCAGGAGUUAACCCAACAAUGUGAUGAAAAAAAAGUCCAGUAUGACAGCUGUGCAGCAGGUUUAGAAAGUAAUCGUUCCACGCUUGAACAAGAAGUAAAAGGGCUUCGUGAGGAGUGUAUUCAGGAAGAAAGCAGCUACCAUUAUACUAACUGCACGAAAAGGAAUCUAGAAGUACAACUUCAACGUGCUAAAGAUGAGAUGAAGACCUAUGUCUCUCCAGAUCCACAAGACAGAAGAAAAUCAAUAAGAGAACAAUACACACGAAUGAUCCUUGAACAAGAGAACCUUGGAAAGAAACUACGAGAGAAACAAAAAGCUGUGCGAGAAAGUCAUGGGCCAAAUAUGAAGCAAGCUAAAAUGUGGCGGGAUUUUGAGCAACUGAUGGCGUGUAAGAGAGAGUGUUUUCUAAAGCAACAAAAUCAAGCUUCUGUGGGUCAAAUCAUUCAGGAAGGAGGCGAGGAUAGGCUGGUAUUAUGAAUUUGUUUAGAAUUCCUGCUUUUUACCUCAUCAUUUCCUCAGAUCAUUCCAUUGAAUAUUACUUUGUUCUCUCACUGUCUACAUAGGUUGCUUUUAAAUUAUUUAAUUUCAGUGGGUAAUGUAAGGGUGAUAUUAACUCCUAUGCAGAGAGCCCUCUACACUAUUUAAGUGCCAGAUUAAUGGCUUAAGUUAUAUGGAGGGCUUUGUGUGAGCCUUUUGCACUAAUGUGAAUUUCACUAUAAAGCCUAGAUACCUUCCCAAAGAAAUUAAGGGAAAACUACCAGCUUUCUAUGGCCUUGAGAAAGUAUUAGAGCUGUUCUGCAGUAGCUAUUAUAGCCCUAACAUUACAUUUUUAAGGGCAAAGAUAUUAAUUUCUAGUUAAUUGUGUACCUUCUGGUCCACCCAUUUCCUAUCUUGGCCCUCUACUUCUUUCCUUGCCCCAAUUUAUCCACUAUGUGCUGGUAAGCAUGGAGUUAUUGCAGAAUUGAGCUCCAUGCUAUGCUAGAGUGCACAUACCUUGUACAGUCCUAAACUCUCUUCUUCCUUGUACAAUUGAGGUAACCAGUUGUGAUGCUAGAAGAUCCUCCAUUGACCCAAAGGCAGAACAACAUUUAAAAACAAUUACUUGAAUUUUGAGCUUUUUAAUUUUUCUUUUUAAGCGUGUGCUGUCUCCUAACUUGCCUGUGGCUGUGUGUUACCCUAAUAAAAACUUAAACUGAUGCCUUUUAAGAAAUACAGGCCUAGAGUUUCCCCUGAACUGAAGCAGCUUUGUGCUGCUUUAUUUAUGCACAGUGAUUCUAAAGCACAGAAAGAUCAUCCCAGAAUAGGGACAUCCUCCAGUGGUGUAGAUUUGACCCAAUUCUUCCUACAUACAUUCAGAAAAGGAUUUGUGGAUAAGACUUUACUGCGCCCUAACUAGUUGUCAAAAUAGCCCCUGAAGGUCAUUGGCAGCUUUCACAUUGUUCUAAGGAACAUCAAGGGAUCCCCCUAGUGCAGAGCUGGCGUAGGAUCUGAGG